GAUAUACUGGACAAAGGCUGUUAAAAAUGGAGCUGCCAGGCCGGAGGAAGGCCUGCAGAGGGUUGGUGUGACAGGAGGAUGGUAGGUAAAGGAUGAAAUGGAUGCAGAUGAUGUGCUGUGGUGACCCCUGAAGGGAGCAGCCAAAAGAAGAAUUGAAAGAAGAAGGAGAAGUUAUUACUGCUGAUGAUGCCUUUAUUGACACUAUAUACAGCGAUACACUGAGACUGCAGGACCUCCUCAUAAUUAAGUAAACUUUUAAACCACCCUGGUAACUCUGGCUUAUCUGCCUCUGAGCUGUGGAGGAGUAGGAGUGUUCAUGGCACUGGAAGGCGGGUGUCGCUAAUCCUCGUUCACCUACUGGCUUACUGCUAUUACAUUUGAGUGUCCCUUUCCCUGUUUUCACACCUGUGCCUGUCAAUCAAGCAAAGAAGCGAGGUGCAGAGCGUGUACACAACCGCAGCAGCACAGCUCUACUAUCCCUCACCUCUGAGGUUAAGCACAACUGAAAAUCAGUGUUAUUUUUCAACCUUUGAAGCUGGAGCAGGCCUGUCUGAAGGCUUCACGAUGUCUUAUGAGCGGAUUCUGUGCAUUGAAAAUCUGAGCGAUGUUCCAAAUCCGUGGAAAGGAUUCACUAUGAACCGCUGUUUAGUGGCGGCACUGGUUGUGCUACUGGUGAGCUCAGGAGUUAACGAAGUGCAUGAUGCUCUGGACUAUUUUGUUGAAGAGACAGGUGUGUGGUCUUUCUUUGGAAGUCUGCAGAGUGCUUCAAUAACACAGGUUUCCAUAUGGGACAGCUUCACCCGGUGGUGGGGAUCUGAAGAAGUCGGAGCGAUAAGAAGGAGGAAGAAGCCAGUUGCUAAUAAAGCAAUCCUGAAACCUAAAAUCAAAGCAUAA